GUCUCAAACAUGCUGCAAGUAGGGGUCUUGUUGAGUUUGUGCUUUUGGCAGUGUAUAGUAUAGUAUAAAAGUAGUAUUAUCCAACAACGUUUUCGUGGAUAGAAGAUGAUUUUAGUUGGUAUAUUGUGUAUAUAUAUAUAUAUUGACAAGAAAGAGACAAAAUAAAAUAUAUAUACAUAUAGGAUACCACAGCUCUAUCGAAGAUACAAGAGGGGGAUGUUAAAGUUAUCAAAGCUAGGGUUGGAAAAUAGGAUAGACGCAGCAGUCAGACAGUCAAGCAGCCAGCCUGGCCGCCCGGCAACUAACCAACCAACCAACCAACCAACCAUCCAUCCAACCAACCAACCAAGCAUCCAAGAAAGCAAGCAGCCAGAUCGUCUAGCUAGUGCAGUUACAAACCAAGACCACUAGAUCCAUACGGCUUACCCGACUUAGAGACUUAAGCCGACAGGCAGUCCGAAAAGCUCAACUUAAGCGCCGCUGACUUAGCUACCAACAAAACCACGGCUACUACAACUACAACUACCCAAAAAAGCCUUGCAUUAUUUUAUUCUAUUAAAUUCAAUUAUUGUUUUCUACUUAUUUUCAAUUUUCAACAAACCAAAGGCAGUCAGUGUUAAAUAACUAUUCACAUGCAGUGACAAAGGAUAUAUUUAUUUUAUAUAAAUAAUAAUAAUAAUGUGAUUAAAGUGUGUGUAAAGAUAUUAUUAAAUAAAACUGUGUUUGUGUCAACAGUCAGUGAAACUCGACAAUAAUAAAUAUUUAUUUAUCGACAACAAUAUAAAAUUACAUUGCAAAUAAAUUCAUGAAGAACAGUGCCUCAUCUUGGAAUUUAUUUUACUUUUUUUUUUGUUAUUAUCUUUUUGAAAAAAUUAUAUUAUAAUAUUCCGUGUAUUGAAAUAUAGUGCAAGGCAUAUUAAUGUAUGUAUAUGUGUGGAUUGAUGGAAAUAUUUAACAGUGAAGAGUUCGGUAAAUUAUUUUGAAUAUAACAUUUCAAUAAACAAAAAAAAAAGACAACAAAGUGGCUGGACGGAAACCUUCCAUUAUCAAUUUUGAAGCAAUAUUAAUUAUAAUAGAAAAAAAAAAAAAAAAAAUAGUGAUAAUAGCUAAAUAAAUAAAUUGAAAAAAAAUAAUUUGUGAACAAGUGUUAAAAAAAGUCGGCACCACGUUAACCUUUUACAGCAUGGAGCGCGGCGGGGGCGGGGGAAGCCUCGAACUCGCCGCCGGCGGAGGUGGUGUUGGAGGUGGUGGUGGUGGUGGUGGUGGUAAUUCAGAUAUUUGUCUUCAAGAUCUUGUAUCAAAUUCAAGUGGUCUUCAACAUUAUCAACAUGCUGCUGCCGCUGCAUCAAUGGUUGGACUUCACAAUGAUCAUCUACAAAAUGCCAUGCAUCAUCAUGAUGUUCAUGGUAAUUCACAUCAUGACAACUCGAUGCUCCACAAUCCCACUCAUCAAUUGUCACAUGAACCUCUUGAAAAGCUCAAAUUGUGGGCACAAAAUGAUUUUCGAGACGAAACAAACAAUGGCCUGGCAAGGCUAGAUUCAUCUGGUCAUGGUGGACACACACCUGGAAGUACGCCAAGUACACCUGGUGCAACUCCAGUGACACCUCUCACAGGGUUUACAACAACAACAACAACACAAUCACGCAAUAGAAAUAACAACAAUAACAACAACAACAACAAUAACAACAACAAUAAUAAUAACCAAAGAACAGAUAUAAGAAAAGGAAUUCGAGCACCGACGGAAGUUAAACAAGAACUUCGUAGUGGCAAUGAUGGUGUAUCACCAAGUGGAGUUAUUGGUGUUGAUGCUAAUGACAAAGAUGGUGGUAAAAAUAAACGACAAAGACGUCAAAGAACUCAUUUUACAUCACAACAACUUCAAGAGCUUGAAUCAACAUUUUCAAGAAAUCGAUAUCCUGAUAUGGCAACUAGAGAAGAAAUAGCAAUGUGGACAAAUUUAUCUGAAGCACGAGUUAGGGUAUGGUUUAAAAAUCGUCGAGCAAAAUGGCGAAAACGUGAAAGAAAUGCAGCAAAUGCAGCAGCCGCAGCAGCAGCUGAAUUUAAAACAAAUUUUGGCACAGCAGGAUUAAAUAGUUUUAUUGGUAGAGCGGAUGUUGAUGCAAUGUAUAGUUCAUACAGUUCAUACAAUAAUUGGGCAACAAAAGUACCAUCACCAUUGAGUAGUAAAAGUUUUCCUUGGGUUAAUCAUCUUGGUGCUGUGGUACCAGCUGCAUCACAUCAUCAUCAUCACAGUCAAGUUGCACCUGUAAAUUGUUUUAAUACAUCAACAUCAGUAGCAGCAAGUCAUGUUGGUGGUAUGUCAAUGUCUGUCAGUCAAGCAGCAACAUCAAUGCUACCAGGUAUGGGUUCUGGUUUAGGAAUGGCUGGUUCACCAGUUGCAGCAUCAAGUGCAGCAUGUCCAUAUGCAGCACCAGCAGCACCACAUCCAUAUGGACCACCAGUAUAUACAACACAUCAUUCACGAACAAAUGGAGCACCAGAAUCAUGCACUGUUAUGAACAGUAGUCUUGCAACAUUGAGACUCAAAGCAAAACAACACACAAGUGAAUAUGGCUCAGCAAGUUCAUUUAGUACUGGUGUUACAACAGCAACUGGUGGUGGUAGUAUUAGUCCAGUUAGUUCAAGAGCUUCAUCUGGUGGUGGUGGUAAUGGUUUAAGUGCUUGUCAAUAUGCAAUUGGUUCAAAUUCAGGCAAUCCACAUUCACCUGGUGCAACUGAACACAAUGGUUCAGUAAGAGCCCAAGUUUGA